CUUGGUAUAAAAACGGUCAGCCGGUCGAGAACUGGCGUCAUUUUAAACAACGGUGUCUCUUGUUUCGGAGCGAAACAACAAACAGUAUUCGAUUAUCUCUCACUCAGACUCGUCCAGCGACGAAAUAUCAGCAUCCCCGGUUUUUCAUCCACUCUCAGUCGACAAGGAUCACGUCCAACAAGUUUCCGUCUGUUCAGAUCUAUCCGCGUUUUUCUUUCAAGAUCCGAGAAAAAGAAUCUAACCGAUCAUGACGAGGGUGAUUUCUUUAUUAGUUUGUUUGGCGCUGCUGGCCUCGCUGGCCCUGGUCGAUGCCGGCAAGAAGAAGCAACGGCCGUACCCCAUCACCCAGAAGGUCAUCAUCUUGCAGGCCGGCCCCAGUGCCACCUAUCCGUGGGUAGGACAUUGUCCACCCAAGGGUAAAUGCAAGCACUUUUACAAAGUCGCCCGUCCACCUUUCCCGUCUUUCCUGCCGCCCGCCCCGCGUCUGCCUUACUACGCUCCCGCUCAAUACGCUCCGGCUCAACACGCUCCGGCCCAAUACGCCCCGGCCCAGUAUGCCCCAGCGCCUUACCAGGCCCCGGUCUACGCUGAACCGGCACCAGUUUAUUCCGGCCCAUCCGAGCCCGUUUAUUCUGCCCCAUCCGAGCCCGCAUACUCUGGCCCAUCUGAACCCGUUUACUCUGAGCCCGCUCCAGUUUACUCGCAACCUGCUGAGCCUGUUUACUCGGCUCCGGCUCCUGUUUACUCGGAAGCGGCUGAGGAAUCCCCAAGAGUCCCAGCUCAUCAUCACGUCGACGUCCCGGCUCCUGAAUUUCAACCCGAGCCCAUUAUCCCGACCUAUUCCCAGUCAGAAACGGUCCCCGAUUUGUCAAACAGCUUCGCCAUCCAGGAAGUAUCCCCUCCGGAGUUCAACAACUACGGAUCGGGAUCGUCCGAUAUUGGAUCCAGCGAGUCCCAGUCCUACGGAGAUGUGGCCGUCGAGGCCGCCGCUGUUCCCACUUACGCUCCUGAAGCGCCAGCUGUCAUUGCCGAAGUGGAGACGGCCGACGUCCAGGAACCUGUUUACGUUCCAGCCGAGCCGACUGGUUACUCUGGUUCUUCCAGCAGCGAAGUGCAACAAGAGAUCGCCCAGUCUACAUACGUCGAACAGCCGGCCUUGGAGGCCGUCCAACACGAUGACGGCGUUCACGCAGCGGCGCCGGAAUUGACCGAGUUUUUCAACGAUCCCAUCUAUCAGGAAGAUGUGGGAGAGGUUUUCGAAGAGCCUGCAGCCCCGCCAGCAUCCGAGCCGGAAGUCUACCAGGAGGCGCCAGUGGAAACCUUCCAGCAGGAGCGGGAAGAAGCCGAAAACUACGGCGAAAGAAUAAGGCCGAGAGGAGGCCGUCGCUAAAAAACUCUCUUCCAUUAAUCAUUAACCAAUGGCAAGAGUUUGCUUCAAUCAUCAUUCCAAAUGUUAGAUAACCGUGAUGGCGAGAAUCGAGAUGAACUUGGUGAUCGUAUUAGGAUGAACUGAUUAUUAUUACGAUCACGAAUGAACUUGAGUGAUUUUACAUGUUAGGCCUUCCAUUGCUUAGAAACUGUUUCGCCCCCCCCCCCCCCAUUUGUUUGUUUGACAGGAGACAACACAAUUCACGCAGCUCUUCCCCUUCAUUCCACCUUAAUUUCUAAUUUUCCUGUUUUUGUUAUAAACGAAUGCUUGUUUUUUUGUUGUGUAACACGUUUUGUGAUGCGGCUGGAUUCCUGCAUCGGAUAACACAGGCACACGCUCUAGCUUUCCUCUUGUCGUGUGUGUUAUUAACCAUCGAAAAUAAACAAAUCGAUAAAUAA